AUUGACCACCUCCCACGUCCCCCUUUUUUAUACACACAUCUCAUUUUCUAUUCUCAGAUUCUUCCAUUUCCUUCUUCACUCUCCACCUCUUCUAACCACACCAACAAACCUACAAGUCAAACCCCCCUCCAAACCCCCGCCGGAGAAAUGACCACCUACGGCACCAUUCCCACCUCUUCCUCCGCCGGCCCCUCCUCCAACCUCGACUACAUCACCCGCGCCAAAGAACGCAUCAAAGCCGGCCUCGGCUCCCGCCAUCCAUGGAAACUCAUGUUCGAUUUCCACGCCAUCAAGUUGCCGUCAAACUUCCACGAAGCUCUCGUCAGAAUGAAAAUUAACGUCUCUUAUUUCCGCAUGAACUACGCCAUCAUCGUCUUGUUGAUAUUGUUUUUGAGUCUCUUGUGGCACCCCAUCUCGUUGAUUGUGUUCAUCAUCAUGAUGGCUGCAUGGUUAUUUCUUUAUUUCUUGCGCGACGAGCCCCUGGUGGUUUUCGGCCGCACGAUUGAUGAUCGUGUGGUGCUGAUCGUCAUGUCGGUGCUCACUCUCGUCUUCCUGUUCUUGACUAGCGCAACGGAGAAUAUCUUGGUGGCGCUGCUUAUAGGGGUGGUGUUUGUGGUUUUGCACGCGGCGUUGAGGAAGACGGAUGAUUUGUUCUUGGAUGAAGAGGCUACUGGGUUGAUGACGACGACGACGGCGGCUUCAGCGGGAUCUUCUCCUUCGUAAUCUUUGUUCAUUGUUAAAUUUUAUUUGGU